AUGGAGUUCCUGUCAGGAGAACUCGAGAAGCUGCGUUUGAGCAGCAGCAAGCUCGAUGAAAACACAGACUGGAUAGAUUCAAUAGCAGCCGAGCAUCGACCCCCUAAGCGACAGCGGAAAACCAAACAUGUCAUCAAGAAAGAGCUCGAACAAGAAUUCUUGACGCCUUCGCGCUCAUUUAACGCACAUUGGCUCAACCAGCUCCAGCAUCGAUGGGAUGCGCCAACCAACUAUCGCAGCCUAUUCCAAAUAGCCCCAACACAAACCCGCACCAUCAUUCGCUUCACGCGUGAGGGACUAGAAGGUCGCGUCACGGGUUACAAAGAAGUCACUGUACCCGCAAACUCAGCAACAGCCAAGAACUCUACUUCCCUCCUCAGGAAGCCUGCUAAUAGAGCCGAAUUCGUGCGUGGCGCAGCCGGCUUUUUCCCGUUCGCCCCUGGUGGUUUGGAUGGAGUGGAAGCGAUUGCGGCCAUUGAAGACGAAGCAAUCCAACAGCAAGAGAACGCCCAGGGAAAGAAAACGGGAGGUCUCGACCGAGUCAUCAACUUCAGCGCCGAAGGUGGCUUACUAGAAAUCCCGCCUGGGUUCACACGGGGUCUAGACUUUCAAAAAAAGCCAGCCACGGAUGUUAAGACGGCCAAAGAGGUAGAGGAUACUCUAGGCGAGGCCCCUGCAGUUGCCAAGGACACCGAGUCAGACGAAGUGGAGGCUAACAACACCGGCUCGAACGGUGCUGAAGAACUCGACGAAGAUCAAACUGUUGGGGAAGAAGAAAUUGACGCACUGUUGCCAGUGGAGUUCCCUGCUUUAGCUCCUCAUGGGCCCCUGGCCAUGGGAGCGGGAAGGAAAGGGGGGCGGGAAUGGGCACAUAUGGUUGACAUCGACCGAGAUAUUACAAAUUUCCGAGAGCUUGUCCCGGAAAUGGCGCGAGAGUAUCCUUUCGAGCUUGACACAUUCCAGAAAGAGGCGGUGUACCACCUAGAGCAUGGCGAUUCAGUGUUCGUAGCCGCACAUACCUCCGCCGGCAAGACCGUCGUCGCAGAGCCCGAAGCUAGUUGUCUUAUCAUGACCACCGAGAUUCUUCGAAGCAUGUUGUAUCGUGGGGCGGACUUGAUCAGAGAUGUUGAGUUCGUCAUCUUCGACGAGGUGCACUAUGUCAACGAUCUAGAACGAGGUGUAGUGUGGGAAGAGGUUAUUAUCAUGCUACCAGAGCAUGUAACCCUCAUUCUUCUGUCGGCCACUGUUCCCAACACCUACGAGUUUGCGUCAUGGGUAGGACGGACCAAGAAGAAGGACAUUUACGUCAUCUCCACACCGAAACGUCCAAUUCCCCUUGAACACUAUCUCUGGGCUGGAAAGGGCAUGCAUAAGAUUGUGACAGCAGACAAAAAGUUCAUCGAUAAUGGUUGGAAGGACGCAAAUGACGUUCUGUCUGGCAAGGACAAAGUCAAAGCACCGUCUGUUAAUGACGCGCAGGCUGGUAGAGGUGGAGGGGGACGCGGAGGUCCGCCUGCAAGAGGAGGACAGAAUCAGCGUGGACGAGGUCAGCAAGGUGGUGGCCGAGGCGGAGCACCUCGCGGUGGUGGAGCACCGGCCGCUAGAGGACGCGGUAACAUUGCCAGGACCGGCCGUGGCGGCGGUCGCACCACAGCCGCACAGGAUCGCAACAUAUGGGUCCACCUCAUUCAACAUCUCCGAAGCAAGGACCUCCUACCUGCCUGCAUAUUUGUCUUCUCCAAGAAACGGUGCGAGGAAAACGCCGAAGCACUGUCGAAUAUUGACUACUGCAAUGCUGCUGAAAAGAGCGCGAUUCAUAUGACGAUCGAGAAGUCCCUUGCUAGACUGAGCCGCGAGGACCGCGAGCUUCCCCAGAUCAAGCGAUUACGAGAGCUGCUCAGCCGAGGCAUCGCCGUGCAUCACGGUGGCAUGUUGCCAAUUGUCAAGGAGGUUGUUGAGAUUCUCUUUGCAAAAACACUGGUCAAGGUUUUGUUUGCUACAGAAACCUUCGCCAUGGGACUCAAUCUUCCAACUAGAACAGUAGUCUUCUCCGGAUUCCGAAAGCACGAUGGGCGUGAGUUUCGCGAUCUGCUCCCUGGUGAGUACACGCAAAUGGCUGGACGUGCUGGAAGACGAGGUCUAGAUACUGUUGGUACCGUGAUUAUCUGCGCUCCUGGUGCCGAUGAGGCACCCCCGGCGGCGAGACUUCGACAAAUGAUGCUCGUGUUCUGCAAAAACCGACUGAUUGUGUAUAAAAAAGACAACAAACGAACUGCAGGCAUGCUGAUGCAGAACGGGACCAGCAAGGGCAAUGAGCCCACUGUCAAGGUAUUGGAGAUUGCACAGCACCAGGACCGCAAGCCUGAUGACUUACUGCCCUAUGUCGGUGCCUUGGCACAUUUCUUCCGCAAGCUGCCAAAUGACCCCAAGGAUCUCAUACUCAAGACUGCCUUUGUCCCAUUGAACGACAUUGAAUGCUUUACCAAGACGAUUAUCGACGUAGAUGAUUCGGUCCAGAACUUCAGCCGCAAAAAGGAUACACUGAAGUUGGCUCAAGCCCAAUUCCUACCCCUGUGUGGAUCAUGGGACUACGAAGACUGGGAUGAGUAUGAUUACAGUCGGAUCAAGAGUCUCAAGUUCCGAGAGUUGCAGGACGCGCGCAUGCGGGAAGGGCAAAAUGCGUUUGCCAUGGAGCACGAUCAAUGGCUCAUCAAGGAAAAUAUUCAUGCUCUCCGACAGCUCAUGUCAGACCAGAACCUCCAGCUACUCCCUGACUAUGAGCAGCGCAUCCACGUCCUCAAGGAUCUCGGUUUCAUCGACGAAGGUUCCCGUGUAGAGUUGAAGGGCAAGGUAGCAUGCGAGAUCCACUCUGCCGAUGAGCUGGUCCUUACGGAGCUUGUUUUAGAAAACGUGCUCGCCGAGUACGAACCGGAAGAAAUCGUCGCCCUGCUUUCCGCAUUCGUCUUUCAAGAGAAGACAGAUGUCGAACCCACUCUAACCGCCAACCUGGAACGCGGUGUAGCUAAGAUUGUCGAGAUAUCAGAGAAGGUCAAUCAAAUUCAGACGCUGCAUCAGGUUAUCCUGUCUGCAGACGAUUCAAACGACUUUGUCAGCAAACCCCGGUUCGGCAUGGUCGAGGUGGUGUACGAGUGGGCGCGGGGAAUGUCCUUCAACCGCAUAACCGACUUAACAGACGUCAUGGAAGGCACCAUCGUCCGCGUCAUCACACGUCUUGACGAAACAUGCCGAGAGGUGAAAAACGCGGCUCGGAUUAUUGGCGAUCCGACUCUCUUCCAAAAGAUGGGCACGUGUCAGGAACUGAUCAAACGCGAUAUCUGCAACUGUGCAAGCUUGUACCUGUAA